UUUGCAUUUCUACGGAAUAUAUUUCGGUCCGGUAACGCUACUCUUGGCCUCUCUUUUCUUGAUUCUCUUUUCGGGAUCGCCCUCACUUCUGAUCAGCGUGCUGGUCUAUCCUGGCGCUUUCUUAUCGCCUUGCUUUUACAUAAAAUGCUGCCCGAAUCGACUAAAUCCGCUUCUACUAGAAUCGACAUCAUUUGUUCUGCUGAUGAUAGCUCAGCCGAUGUCACCGGUUUUAUGUCGGCUGUCAUGUCAGAUGGCCUCGGCGAGGUCGUUAAGGAUUCUGAUCCAAAACUAAUGUUGACGCAUUUAUCAGCUGAGCAUGAUUCAAAAAAUGUAUGUCUCCCUUAUUUUUUCGGUGCAUUUAUCAAUCGUAACUUAUUUAUAUUUUAA